AUGUCAUUGCGCUUGGCGUCCAUUCUUGCGCUUGACCUAAACUGUCCUCCGGCUUCGCUGGAGUUAGCGGUGGAGUUCUGCCGCCGCUUAGCAGAAAUGACGAUGAUGCUCGCGCCACACAACGAGAUGGCGCUGGUCCUCGCUGGUACUCGUGACUCCCACAAUCCGCUACAUCAUGCCCACUGCGGCGACACGGAUGGGACGCGGUUCAAGCACAUCUCCGUGCCGUGCGCCCUCGCCGCGCCGACGGUGGAGUUUUUAGAGCCAUUGGUGCAUCUUGCGGCGACACCGCCGCCGCCAUGUGAGCGCCAUGCGGUGGACUUCUUGGAAAUACUCCUUGUGAGUGACCAGGUGAUGCGUGGGCGGACGGCAAACAAGUGCUACCAGCGUGUUGUGUAUCUGCUGACCGAUGCCAGCACCGACGUGCUGCGGAAGGAUGGUAUGAAUUCACUUUUGCAAUCCUUCCAGCAGCAAGGUGUAACUUUAGUCGUCAUUGGUAUUGACUUCACUGAGCCGUUAGUCGAAGCCGAAGCCGACGCCGACGAACGUGAAAAUAGUGAUGAACAUUUGGCAGGUCUUUCAGUCAAGGCACAGAACGAGCGGGUGCUACGCUUCAUGUGCUCUUUGCUUGGGAAGGAAAGCACGGUGGUGUCGUUGGCGGACGCCCUGCGAGGUGUGGAGGAGCUUCAAGGCCGAACAAUCACACAACGCCCCCUCUUGAGAGUGAUCCUCACCGUUGGGGACGUGCGUUUAGCGACGCAGAUGUUUACGAAGGCGCAGGAGGAGCGGCUGCCGACCCUGAAGAAAACAACACCAUCGGGAGAGGAGAUAUGCAUGAGGACGAUUUUUCAGGGCCUCAGUGAGGAUGCGACGCCGUUGCAGCAAAAAGAUUUGCGGAAGGGCUAUUAUUACGGUCGCAGCCUUGUUCCGUGCUCGGAGGAGGAUGCGGAGACGAUGAAAAUCAAGGGACCCAGAGCACUGGACGCCCUCGGAUUUGUGCCGUUGCAGCAAGUCCCUGUGUAUGUGCUUUUGGGCGGGGUGAAGGUGAUCACGCCGCUUGCGGAUGACUUUGUGGGGGCAAAGGCCUUCCGCAGCAUUGUGCGGGCGAUGGCGGCAGCCGGCAAAGCGAUGAUUGUGCGUUUUGUCCGCACCCGUGAUGCGGACCCCGUGCUCGGUCUUUGCGUGCCCUCAACGAAGGAACAGCGGGAUGUUCUUUUUUUUUCGCCCCUCCCCUUUGCGGAAGAUGUGCGUUUUUUUGACUUCUCAGACUACGAGGGGGUGCGGGACGACGAUGAUGACGCUGCAGAAGAGGCGAGGCUUGUGGCAGCGAUUGUGGAGGAAAUGACAGUGGGCAAGGAGGUGUUGCGGCCCUGCAAAACGUUUAACCCGGUGCUUCAGCAGUACUACGCGACGCUGCGUGCAAAGCUGCGCCGCUGCGCCGAGAGCGCAGCGACAGGAGGAAACGAAAGUCGCGAGGUGGGAGACGCACAGGAGGAAGCAAACGGGGGCAACACCGCGGCUGGGGAGGUGUUAUUGCCGCUUGUGCAUGCGUUACACGCCACCUCUGCCACCUACGGCAUGCCAGGGAACCAAUUGGAACCCAUGCACUCGAGCGUGCGAGCCAAACUGGAGGCGUGCGCCCGUAGCUUUGUGUACGUUUCGAAUAGUGAGAACUGCGUGACGGAGGAGCGGCGGACGAAUUGGUCCCACUCGUCUGCCGGUUCCCGUGAGGUUGCGGCAUCCGAUGUGUCCUCCCGGGCCCCUUCGACCGUAGCGACACCUUGUUUUGUCGCCGGUGCCUCACACAUCAUGACGAUUGAUCCGGUUUGCACCUUCCAGAAGAUGGUGCAGUCCCGCGAGGGUGUCAAGGUCCUGCGGGCGAUGGAUGAGUUGGUGGACACCGUUUUCAAGCUGCUUCGCUGGAGCCUGAAGGACGCACAGUAUGCCAAGGGCACGGAGUGCGUCUUGCUUCUCCGUCAGCACUGUCUUGAGGCGGGGGAGGCGGAUUACUUCAACAAGUUUUUGCUGAAGCUUAUGCUUAUCGCGAGGGAGUUGGAUCACGAGUCAUUUUGGCACAACGGGGUUGUGGCACGCGGCGUAGCCCCCAUCACAAGGCUGGAGUGUCCCAACAGCACAAUUGCUGACGAGGAGGCUGCCAGACAGUUUCUCAUGCAGGACCGUCGCCUCCCCGCGCCUCCUCUGGAAGAUCCCGACGAUGCGGAGGUGCUCAACAUGAUCGUCUGA